CAUUGGAUUCACUAAGAAGCGAAGUAACCAACAAAAGAGAACAUGAUAUGCACAAUCCAGCCAGAUUCGUCGGAUCCGCCGCAAGAUGGUAGAGAUCAUGGCCAACAGUGCGCAGGGUACUGAUCUGAAGGGUCUUGUAGAGAAGUUCCUUCCCGAAUCGAUUGGUAACGAGAUUGAGAAGGCCACUACACACAUCUACCCUCUCCAGAAUGUUUUUAUCCGCAAGGUCAAAAUCCUUAAGGCUCCUAAGUUUGACCUCAGCAGGCUAAUGGAGGCUCAUGGAGGUCAGGAAGAUGUCGGCAUGAAGAUUGACCGGCCUGCAGAAGAUUCCGUGGCAGAGGCAGUUGAACCCAACUCGGACUUCCAUCUGUGGUUGCAUUCAUGUAAUGCUCCGAUUCGAGUUGGUACGAUGACUCUUGAGCCCGGCGUCUUGCCAAGAGCCAAUCUUGGUUGCAAACCAGUGUUUCAAGAGAUUCAGCGUUAAGACAACUUCGGUAGUCGGUUAGAAUGUUGCCGCCAGCACUGAAUUCUCGUUCAACUGCUACGGUUGAUACUUGGACGGACAACACUUGUCUUGCUAGCAUGCCGAGACAUGGGAACAUGU